CAUUACCGCACUGCUAAGCAGUAAUGUCCAGACAGGUCUUGUCACAUGCCGUGUUUCCCUUGGACUUCUCCGGGUCAUUCCAGGAGCUUGCUGCAUAUAUUCGAGCGUACGACGUUCAGAAUUGCCUUUUGUCUUUGAUCGAUACCGGUCUACAGAAAUUAAUACCCAGCUGUUCCUGGUACUGAUUCGGCUCACUAACCGUUACCAUGCCCUCGACACAAUUCAGCUUCAAGGAAAAGUACAGAUACCAAAAUGGAUUUGCUUCCUACCAUGAGACAGAAGCAGUAGAGGGUGCAUUGCCAAUUGCCGCCAACUCACCACAGAAGCCUCCCCUUGGUCUCUAUGCAGAGAAGCUUUCCGGAACAGCAUUCACAGCCCCACGACACAAGAACCAGCAAUCAUGGCUCUACCGCAUACUACCCUCCUGCGGCCACAGCAACUUUGAGGCGCGAGAAUCAAGUACAUUCAACACAAACCCCGAGAACAAGCCCUGGGAGAAGAUUCAUUUCAUCCCGAAUCAGCUGAGAUGGGACCCCUUCGACCUUGAUGAGACAGUAGACUGGGUGCACUCGCUGCACCUCGUUGCUGGCGCUGGAGAUCCCACUAUGAAGACUGGUGUUGGUUAUUUCAUCUACGCAGCGGGCAAGGAUAUGGCAGCGAACGAAGCCUUCUACUCCGCAGACGGCGACUUCCUCAUCGUCCCGCAGCACGGCGCGCUCGACAUCCAGACCGAGCUGGGCCGCAUCCUGGUCCGCCCCAACGAGAUCUGCGUGAUCCCUCGCGGCAUCAGAUACCGGGUCACCCUCCCCGAAGGACCCGUCCGAGGCUAUAUCCUCGAGCUGUACGAGGGUCACUUUGAGCUGCCCGAACUGGGCCCCAUCGGAUCCAACUGCCUGGCCAACGCACGCGACUUUCAAGCACCCGUCGCCGACUUCGAUGAGGACACAAGUAGCUCAUGGACCAUCCUCGCCAAAUUUGCUGGCCACCUAUACGCCGCAAAACAGGACCACACACCCUUUGAUGUCGUUGCCUGGCACGGCCUAUACUAUCCGUACAAGUACGACCUGGGCCGCUUCAACACAAUAGGCAGCGUGUCCUUCGACCACCCCGACCCGUCCAUCUACACCGUCCUGACAUGCCAAAGUGCAUCCCCAGGGACAGCAAUCGCCGAUUUCGUCAUCUUCCCGCCGCGCUGGCUCGUCGCCGAAGACACCUUCCGCCCGCCAUGGUACCACCGCAACACCAUGUCCGAAUUCAUGGGUCUGAUCCACGGCCAAUACGACGCCAAAACAGGCGGCGGCUUCCAGCCCGCCGGCGCCUCGCUGCACAACGUGAUGAGCGGCCACGGCCCCGACGCGGCCACCCACGAGAAGGCGUCGAAUGCGCCGCUGGCGCCCCACAAGGUCGGCGAGGGCAGCAUGGCGUUCAUGUUCGAGAGCUGCCUGAUGAUCGGCGUCACCGACUGGGGGCUGCAGAAGUGCCAGAAGGUGCAAGAGGACUACAACGCCGAGAGCUGGGAGCCGCUGAAGCCGCACUUCAGGCUCAAGCCCGGGCAGAAGAUUAGUAAUGGGGUGAGCGCUGUGGCGGGCGCGGCGGAGGGCGAUACGGCCCAGGUGCCGCACUAUACGUGAUGGGUGGGAGGGUGGUAUGCAAAUAACAUAUUCACACCAUGCCCGGCAUAUAAUUAUUUGAUAUCUGCUAAAAAAAUGGAACUUAUGGACUCUU